CCAGACAGCAUGAAGGCUGCAGCUGCCUCUCUGCUCCUGCUCGGUGUGUGUGUGCUGCUGCUGUCUGCACCGACUGUUUCUGCAGGUCUGAUCCUGGAGAUCCCUCCAGAUCCUGUGCCAGCAGGAAGUGAUGUCACUAUGCGCUGCAGACAGAGUAAUGGUGACAUCAUCACAGCCCAUUUCUUCUUUAAUGGAAGUCGUGUUGAAAAUAAAACUAAAUCAGAGUUCAUCAUCACAAACGUCCAGCAGUCUGAUGAAGGUCUCUACUCCUGUGCUACUGAUGUGUUUGGAGAAUCUCCUCACAGCUUUCUGAGGGUCAGAGAUCCUUCUCCUCAUCUCCACACCCGCACCUCCUCUAAUCCUGUGAACUCUCCUGCUCUUCUUUCUCCUGUAACAGACUCCUCUGCUCCUCCCUCCUCCUCCUCCAUCCUCAUUCUGGUUGUAGCAGGUCUGGUUUCCGUGGUUCUUCUGGUUUUGGUGGUUUGGGGAGUUCUCUGGAGGAAACAGAAAGCAGCGCUCCACUCCUCCUCUCCUGUACAUGUGAACUGCAGUGAUGUCACCAUCACACAGAGAGACACUAGGAGAGCUAAAAGUCCUGAUGAUCCAGAUGUUAUCUACUCUGAUGUGAGGACUCGCACUUCAGGCCCUGAUGAUGUUCUUUACGGUGAGGUGAUCUUCAGAAGGUAGAGGAAAGCUGGUGAGACAACAGAGUGGUCAGCUGAUCCAGGUGUUGUGCAUUGAUUGAGAGCAGGAAGCUGAGGACACACUCGGUCUGAUGGACGACCUUCAUCCUUCACUCUGCUCCUCUUC